AAAAUGAAAAGAUUGGUAGUAAUAGGAAAUGGAAGCUUAGGUCUAUGGUGGUGCUUCCACUUGAGUCAACUACAAAAGAAGUCUUUAUGUAAAACAUUUCUUCUUACAAGAACUGAGGAAAGUGCUCGAUCAAUUAGUGAGAAUGGAGUUAUUGUAGAAGAUAAGACAACGGCUGAGUGUAUUGUUGAGAAGAACAACAGAACAAUACUGAAUACUUCGAGUACUGUUAGUUUCCACUGUAAUUCUUUUUCCAACACAAAACAACUUUCUAAAGAACUGGAGGAUAGUGUAGAUAUUUUCCUGUUAUGUGUGAAGCAAUACCAGUUGAAAAGUGCUUUGGAGAAUUGUGCUGAGUUAUUAUCUCCAAAGGGAAUGGCCAUUUCUUUCUGUAAUGGCAUUGGAAACCUUGAAACUGUAGCUUCUGUUGUGGGAGUUAACCGUGCAGCUGCUGCAGUUACUUAUGAAGCUGUACAAAGGAUAAACUCCACAAAGAUCAUUCAUUGGUCAACUGGUAGAACAGUAUUGGCAGAUACUUUGACAAACUCACCUGAACUGAACGCAAAUAUUCAAUUCCUUUAUGAUGUUCUGAGACAACAAAACUUGCCAAUAGAGUUAUUAAAGUCUGUUGAUGCAAGAAAGGAAAUAUGGAAAAAACUAGCAGUUAAUUGUGUCAUUAAUCCAUUAGCAACGAUCAUUCACGGAAGAAAUGGACUCUUAUCAGAUAGAAUACCUCAAAGUCUAUUUGAAGGAAUUUGUUGCGAAAUUAUAAUGACUGCAGAAAGAAAUGGUGUUAUCUUAGAACUUGAUGAGCUCAUGGCUCAGGUAUUAGAAACUAUUCGAGAAAGUUCCAAUAACAUUUGUUCCACUCUUCAAGACAUCCAGAGAGGAAGAUCGACUGAAAUAGACGCUUUGAAUGGUGCAGUUGUUCGUCUUGCAAGAAAUUUUGGAUUGUUAGUGCCCUAUUGUGAAACUCUUUAUCAUUUGAUAAAAGCCAUUGAAAAAGGACAAGAUACGAAUAAGACAGCUUGAACUUUGACUAUAUUCGAAUCACGAAACAUAUUAUUUGAACCCUCAUUCAAUAGAUAUGGAUAGCCAACACUAGCCUUUUACGUUCAAGUGUAUUACAAAUAUAAAUACGGGCAAAAACAACCGCGCUCUUUCGGCUCUUACAGACCGUCGUCACUUGGAGUAUUUGAACUGUUGUUUUCCCCUUUCUUGCUUUGAACUCUGGAAUCCGAGUGCACUUCAUUUCCUACAGAGGCCAGUCCUCUGACUCGGUUCAAUUCGUUUUCCAAGAAGUGGACUUUAUUGUCCAGUUCCUUGGUGGUUUCCGUAACCUAUGACAAUCAGGAGAUUCAAAGCAUUCCUGCAACACUAGAACUGCUUCCUACCUCAUCAGACCACUCUUCUAUGCUUGAAGUAAGCAUAUUCCCUGCGAGUUUCAGGUCUCUGUGUAGUUUCACAUAACCAACUGAGCAAGCUACCGUCACGCCAGCGAGGAAUGCAGCAAAAUGGGUUCGAAACAUGUUUUUCCCACAAAGAACAGUUUUAGAUAAGAUGCGAUACGAUUUUAUUCUUUUCCAAUUUUUGGAUGUAAAAAUUC